ACUGGAGGUGUGUGAGAAGCAAGUUGGAGCCGGCAGCCCCUCCUGAGAAGUGCAAGCAAGAAGUUUUGUUGCGGGCUUCUGCAGGCGUCCAUCGCUGGAAGGUCUCCUGGAAGCUGCUUGUGUCGCUUCAUUACAAGGCUGCUUAAUGUACUGUUUAAUUGAAGUCUCCAUGCUGAGUGCUUGGUGGCCGCACCAUGGCUGGUCCCCAUGUGGACUCAUAACCGGAGACGUGUACUGGAACGUUGACUCUGAUCCAUCUUCUUGGGAGUUGCUUCAGGACGUUAAGAGGCCAUGACAGGUUCAGGCUGUUCGUUAUAGCACAUUGACUUUUUAACAGUGGCACAAAUUUCUGCAUCCAAGCCUAAAAAUCUCUUUUAAUUGAAUUUCUGACUACUUGGUGUGGACACAUUCCUGGAGAUACCAGUGAAAUGGUGUGAGCCAAUCCAUAAAGAAACACAACCUCAAUUUUAAAGAAAAUUCUGAAUGUAAAUCUAAAAUUGUGUUGUCUAUGUUGCCCCAUCACCAGUCACUACCAAAAGUCUUGUAUCAAUAAAUAGGAUCAGUCACGUGAAGGAACAGAUCACGUCAUACUUCCUUGGAAAGAUAGUGGAACUACAGGACUAAUGUUACUUCAUGCAGAACAAAACCUCAUAUUCCUUUAAAGGCUUUUCAGAGCUUGAAGAACUCAUUGGCCAAAGCGAGAAUCUAAUGACACCACACUUGGACGAUACAGCAGACAAAGAUCUGGAAGGAGACUAUGUGGACCUCUUAGAAACUGCUGUCACAGCAGAAAAUAAACCAUCCAUUUCUUGCCACCGGGAAAUGGGGGAUUCUUCCAGGGUCCCAAAAGUCAAGGGAGAUCCUAUUUCAAGUGUUGCUAAUAAUAAGUGGGUGUGUGGGAGAACUCAGGCCAGUAAGGAAGGGGUGUGUACCCCAUGCCUUAGGAGAAAACUCAACAAAGAUUUGAAUGUCAAAGAAACAAAGUGCCGUUUCCGUCAAUCCUACCUUGCAGCUCUUAAAAAUCCAGUUAAGUUCAUCUCAGCACCUAUGGCUGAAAUUUUGGAAGAAACAGUGAGUAGGUCCAGUACGUUUGCUGCUUUGGAAAGCCCUAUUUGUUCACGUCGUAAGCCUCAAAACCAAACAUCUUCUUCCUGGCUUUUUCCUGGGAAAACAGACUCAAAAUCUGGAGAUAUACAAAUACAGAGUACUUCAAGAAAUUCAAAAGUGACUUCUUCCCCUGGGGCAGACUCUUCUCCAUCGCUUGUACACAGAUUCUCUUUUCUAAAAGGACAGCGUGGUUCCUCAUCAUCAGGAGAUGGCCUUCCCAUGGAUAACAGCUCAAAUCAGUACGGUGGAACUUGGAGAAGGGUAUCUGCCGUCUGCUCUCCUAGACUUAGCCGAGCUAAGUUCUCCGGAAAAGCUGGAUCGGCUGCAAAUACAAACCCUGGUAUCGAGGUGACGUCUUCUGUCCAAAAAGUGCCAUCCAAGACUGGACUAUGGGUAUCCAUCAUAGGAUCUCCAUCAAGAGGAUCCAUUCCAUGGGAGACCAUUACUGAUCUUCCAAUCCAGUGCCAGGAUCUCAGUGCCAAGUUAUUGUAUUCUGGGAUUGCUUGUCUUCCAGGGAGUCGAGAUAAACUGGGAAGGGCCGUAAUCCAAGUGACCACAGAUAGCACAGCGUGGGAUGCCACAUGGUGCUCUGUAAGAGAAGUGGCUCGACUCUUCCUCUAUCUUUUUUCAGUGGCCAGAAAGGAGAUAAGAGACUUAGGACUUAUGAUUUUAGUGGAUGCCAGAAAGCACCCUCCAUCUCCAUGUCUCCACGCAGCACUGCAAUGCGCCCAGGCUUCCUCUCCUGGCUCUAUCCAGAGCACUGUCAUUCUUGUAGAAAAGGAAACAGCUCCCCAGCUGGACAGGAUGCCUGGACUACAAGUGGAAGUCCUAACGUCAUUGAAAUCUCUAGGCAGAUAUGUGGACAUUGGACAGUUGACCUGGGACCUUGGAGGCACCUACCCAUACUGCCACAGCGAGUGGGUCCAAUUUUAUCAGAAGCUAGAUUCUUUCUCAGCAGAUCUCCGAAAAGCCUCCGAUUUACUGCAGCAUGCCAUCCAAGAACUGGGUGAAGGCAGCACUCUGCAGGAUUCAAAGGAAGUAGAGGAGAAAAUGGGUCAGUACCGGGAGUUGAUGAAGGUGGUUUUAAGCGACUCUCGUUUAGUUUCCUUACAGCGGGAAGGAGGGACCACACUGGCUAGACUUCGCAAAGAGGCAACUCGCUUCUACUGCUCUCAGGAUGUCAGGAGUGCCGUGGAGUCAGCGGUACAGAUGUACAACCACUUGGAGGAACGAGUGCACGCUCUUGUUACUAAGUCCAAUCGCAGACUGGAACUUUUGGAGUCCAUGUUGAAGAUCCAGGAGUUGGAAAAACAGUUUAGCCAGCUGAGCCUAUGGAUGGAUGGAGAUGGAGAAAAUCAGCUACAUGAGAUGGACACUAUGGAAUGGUCUUUGGAAACUUUAGAGAAGUAUCACAAAAGGUUUAAGGAAUUCUUCCUCCAAGCAACAGUGCAUUAUAACCAUGGGUUGGUUCUUCUGGAUGAUGCAAAUAAGUUCAGUGGGUCCAUGUUUCCAGAAAUGGAUUUUUUUAAGGUUACGAGAGGAGCCUUCCAGACCAAACUGAGUAGUUUCUACAUGAAUGUUGAAAGGCAAAAAGAAGAACUGGAGAAGCUUCUGAAUCUGUACAGAUUUUGUGACAAGAUUACACAGCUCACCAUGAGCUACAGCCGCUAUGUGGGACAAUUGAAAAUGGCUGAACAAAAGCUUUGCCAGCCAGAGACCCAGCAGUGCCUGGAGACCUACCUACAGAAAUUAACUGAGGAGUUGUCAGAUGUCAAAUUUCAAGAGAUGAAAGAAGAAUCCUACAAACUAAGCAGCUGUAGAGGACUGGCCGUUUGGAAUGAGACUUGGCUCAAAUGUCAGGAAGCUAAGCAACUUAUAGAAGAAACUGUAGAGAAGUGUAAAGACGAGCAAAAUGCAGCCUGGCACAAGGAUACCACAUUGUCCUCUAGUGUCAGUAAAGGAGAAGACACAGCGGUAAAUUUUUCUAAUGAAAUCACGCAAGGAAGCCGAAAGGAGGACCAUGAAUUUAGGCCGCGGGGCAGUAUGAGAUCUGCAGAAUCAACCAUUAUUAACUGCUGUAGUUUUGGUCUUAAUGCUGGUUCCAUGGGUCUAUUUCUUAAAGCACCUAGAAGUCAAAGAAACACAAGAGCAACACGAGAAACUUUGAUUUCGCAGGGAUGUUCUACCAGUGAAGAAACCAAAAACAGCAAUGGGUCAGAUCCUGAAAGCACUGAGCUGAUGGUGCAGAACUCCAACAAUGAAGCGCUAGAGAUUUUGCAUACUCCUAGUCCAAAGCUUUCUAGGCCAACCCCAGUACAGCCAUCCUCUGUGACAAAUGCAGACCACUUCACAUGGGUCUCCUAUGGCAGGGCCAAUAGUGAUGACUCUAGUAUUAUGACUGAGAAUGACAGUAGUAAAAUGAAGCAGUCAGGCAGAAGAUGCGUCCUUUCUAGGCAUGCCAGCUUCUCAACAGGAGACUCAAAUUCCCAUUACUCCUCAGAAAGUUCUUCAACUAUUUCUCCUUUGCAACCAAUGGAACCACUUACCUCAUACAUGCCUUGGAUGAGAAGAGCCAUGACUGAAUCAUCUAGGGACAAUGACUGGACGGCAAAAUUUAACUUUGCUAAGCUCCAUCGAAUAAUGGAAGAACUGCUUGCCACAGAGAAAGAUUAUGUAUGUUCUCUGGGUUAUGUGCUCUCCCACUAUCUGAGUGAGAUGGAUCAGCCAGAUCUCCCGCCUACCCUACGUGGGCAGCAUGCCGCCAUAUUUGGAAACUUGGAAAAACUCUAUGAGUUCCACAGCCAUGUUUUCCUACAGGAACUUACAAGCUGCAGAAGGGACCCAAGUCAUGUUGGGCGCUGUUUCCUGAAACAUAAAGAAAAGUUUGGACUUUAUGCUUUUUACAGCAAGAACAAACCUCAGUCCGACCGAUUACUACAAGAACAUGGAGCAACAUUUUUCAAGAGGAAGCAGCAGGAGUUGGGAGACAAGAUGGAUCUCUCGUCCUAUCUUCUAAAACCCAUCCAGCGUAUCAGCAAGUACAGUCUUCUCCUGCAGGACAUGGAGUGGGAGUGCAAAGGCCAAAGUACCAGGGAGGCAGAGCUGAAAUCUGCCCGGGAGGCUGUCAGAUUCCAGCUCCGUCAUGGGAAUGAUCUCCUUGCCAUGGAUGACAUUCAAGUUUGUGACGUUAACCUAAAGGAACAAGGCCGACUUCUGCGUCAAGGGGAGUUUAUGAUCUCCUACAGAAAGAGAAAAUGCCUCAGAAGGGUCUUUCUAUUUGAGGAUCUGAUUCUUUUCAGCAAAACCAAAAAGGCUGCAUCAGGGCGAGAGAUCUAUGUGUACAAGCAGUCCUUCAAGACUUCCGAGAUUGGCCUAACUCACACAUUGGGAGGCAGCGGACUCUGUUUUGAGAUUUGGUUUCGACGAAGGAAAUUGGAGGAUACGUACACUUUUCAGGCUCCUUCUCCUGAUGUCAAGGAGGCCUGGACUGGGGACCUACAGAAGAUUCUUUGGGACCAGGCAAUUAAAAAUCGAGAAAUGCGCAGACAGGAAAGAGUCUUCUCUGGUUUGGGAUGCAAGCCAUUCACUGACAUCCAGCCAAGUGAGGCCGCCAUUAGUAGUAGAGCCAUCCCACUGACUGGCAAUGGAGAUGAAAAUCUUCGUUCUUCCCCUUCCGUAGCUUUACCGUUCCCGACGUCCCCUCCACCACUCCGCUCUAUGUCAGUAGGCUCUCGAAGCAGUGCUAGCAGUGCUGUAUCUCUUGGAGGGUGCUCUUCCACAUCCUCUGGCCGUGGUUCUCUCAGCCCAUUACAUGGAUGUCCUGGAUCUGAGCCAGCAUGGAGAUGUUGCAGGGCUGAGCCCUCGCAUGAUAAGGAACCCAGCAUUUUCCUGACUGCCAGUUCUGGUUCCUCAGAAGGAAGUGUCAGUGGAUUUAGUUCCCCGGAAUCAAACCAUAUGCCUGUAAACCAUAUAAAUACAUGUUACCCCUUGGAGUGCUGGCGCCCCCUACAUGUUAUAGAAAAGCCCCCGGAAAAUAGCAUCCCAUGAAAACAUUAGAAGCAGAAUCUACACAAACUCUUCUACUGAAUGAAAUAUCUAUAUUUAUGUGCCGUUUAUAUAUGUAAAUAUAUUACAGUCUAGUAACGAAGGAUAAAAGUCAUAGGACUACUAUAAUAAAUACAC